GGCAUCAGCGAUGGGGUGGCCCUGGUGCAGGCCGUGGUCCCCAAGAACCAGGCCCAUUCCUUCAUCACUCAGGGAUCCCCCGACAUCCUGGUCACCGUGAGUGCCAACGGCUUGCUGGGGACCCACAGCUGGCUGCCCUACGACAAGAACAUCUCCAACUACUUCAGCUUCACCAAAGACCCCACUGUCACCAACGCCAAGACCCAGCGCUUCCUGCAGGGCCCCUUCGCCCCCGGGGCCGACCUGAGCUCCCGCACGCUGGCCGUGUCCCCCGACGGGAAGCUGCUCUUCAGCGGGGGACACUGGGACAACAGCCUCCGUGUCACCUCGCUGGCCAAGGGCAAGGUGGUGGGGCACAUCACCCGGCACAUAGAUGUUGUCACCUGCCUGUCGCUCGACCUCUGCGGCAUCUACCUCAUUUCUGGCUCACGGGACACCACCUGCAUGGUGUGGCAGGUCCUACAGCAGGGUGGCUUUUCCAGUGGCUUGGCUCCCAAACCCGUCCAGGUGCUGUACGGCCACGACGCCGAGGUGACGUGCGUGGCCAUCAGCACCGAGCUGGACAUGGCCGUGUCCGGCUCCAAGGAUGGCACCAUCAUCACCCACACCGUGCGCCGGGGUCUCUUCAUCCGCUCCCUGCGGCCGCCCGGCGAGAGUUGUCCCCCUGCCCUCCUGUCCCACCUGGCCGUGGGGCCCGAGGGGCAGGUGGUGGCCCAAACCGCCGUGGGGCAGCCCUCCUGCUGCAAGGACAGGUUCGCGCUGCACCUGUACUCGGUGAACGGGAAGCUCCUGUCCUCCGUCCCGCUGGACCGGGAGGUGACAGCCAUGUGCCUGACCGAGGACUUUGUGGUGCUGGGGACCUCGGAGUGCGGGCUGGAGAUCCGUGAGCUCCAGAGCCUCAGGGCGGCCGUGCCCCCUGUGCCCAUGCGCGUGCCCGUGCGCAGCGUGUCCGUCACCAAGGAGAGGAGCCACAUCCUGGUGGGGCUGGAGGACGGGAAGCUCAUCGUGGUGGGAGCUGGGCAGCCCGCGGAG